UUCUUCGGCUGUGCAGGGUCGUAUCUUCAUGCAAUUGGUUUCUACGCGGUCCCAGAUCAAGAAGCAAUGCGAGAACAGCUGAUCUCAUCUCACGAGCCUGGAUAUACCAAGAUUGGGCCGUGGGGUGGCGUUGGAGGGAACUUACAGGACAUCUCCACCGACAAGCCACCACACCGUCUUGAAACUGUGACAAUCAGUUGCAGCUCCGUCGUCAACUCACUUUCUUUUUCGUACAUGGACUUCAACGGACAUACGCACACUGUGGGUCCAUGGGGUAGUCCUCGUGGAAACAUUUGUACGAUUAAGUUCGAUCCUCUGGAGAUGCUGCAAGGAGUUCAUGGCACAGUUGGUCCAUUUUGUGAAUUACCGAACGUCAUAACCUCGCUUACAUUUGCCACGAAUCAUUGCCGUGCAUUUCGGACAAGGAGGAGGAACUCCCUUCCAUGCCCCAGCAGAGAAAGAUGGCUGCAUCGUGGGCUUCUUUGGGCACGGAAGGUCAUGUGUUGA